AUGAUUGACUGUAAAAGCAUCAUCCUUUUUUUUUUUUUUUUUUUUUUUGGUACAUUAGAAGGAUCUAAUUCACAGAGUAUUCAUCAAUUUCUACAGCAUUCAACUGCAGAUACAGUGAAAUAUACCACACCUCCGGAAAAGAUAUCUAAAGUUCCCAGGCCUUCAGCAGCGGCAUGUGGCUCUGCACCAUCGGAUCGUCCUUAUGCUUGUCCAAAUGAAGGUUGUAUAAAGGCCUACAUAGAUGAAUACGAGCUUAAAAUACAUUUGAGAAGAGAGCAUCCUGGACAUAUGUCUGUUGAAAAUGCUGAGAAUGCCGCUCCCAAUGCUCACAAUGAGAUGGAUGAGGCUAGUGAUCAAGUUGCUUAUGCUGAGAAGCGGAUAAAUGGGAAAAGUCAGAAGCAGAGCCGUUCCGAGCCUAGGUUAAAGAUGCCUCCUCCAAAAAUCACACAACGUAAAGGUUCAAGUCCAUGUCUUGCCACUUUGAAAGCGGUGAAAAAAUCUUGGCCAGUAAAAGAAGAAACCUACGAGGAAGAAGAUAGUGAAGAGACAGAGGAGGAGGAUCGUGACAAUGCAGAGGAUGGAUGAAGAUAUGUGGAAAACAAUGAAGAUGAUGAUGAAGAGACGGAGUAUGAAGACUGAAGAGAGAAAUACAGCUAGGGUCGUUUUAUUUAUUUUUUUUAAUUUUUAUUUUGUAAUAUGGUUUUCUUUUUUAUAUUUCUCUGAAGUAAUGCUGAACUUGAGGAAAUCUGUAAUUCUUUAGGGCAUAUUGAUCACUUGCAUUUUAACUUACUGGCCCUCUCCCGUUUAGCAAUUUUGUUCCAAUGGUCUUCGCUUGACAUAUAAUUGUACAGUGGAGUGGCUGUACAGGAAAUUAACAAAAUGAGGAUAAUGAAUUAUUUUCUCUUGGUCAA